UCUAAUUUUCCUUUCCACCACAAUCUGUGCGCUGUUCAGACUCAUUAUAAGGGCGUCCACGCGUUAUUUCACCACGCGUAGGCCUGUAUGAGGACGUCUUUUUUCUCUUCUUUUUUUUACCUCGACAAAGCUGAAAUCUGAAUGAAUCAGUAAAAGGAAAAAGCGGAAAGUGCGUGUUUUUUUAAAAAAAAAAAAAAAAAAAAAGAGAGAGAAUGACCCUGGAAUCCAUAAUGGCGUGUUGCCUCAGCGAGGAGGCAAAAGAAGCCAGGCGGAUCAACGACGAGAUCGAGAGGCAGCUCCGCCGGGAUAAGAGGGACGCACGCCGGGAACUGAAACUGUUGCUUCUCGGCACUGGGGAAAGUGGGAAGAGCACAUUCAUCAAACAAAUGAGGAUUAUCCACGGCACCGGUUACUCUGACGAGGACAAAAGGGGUUUUACCAAACUGGUCUAUCAGAACAUCUUCACAGCCAUGCAGGCCAUGAUCCGAGCCUCAGAGACACUCAAGGUCCCCUACAAAUAUGAGCACAACAAGGGCUACGCCAACAUCGUGAGAGAGGUGGACGUUGAAAAGGUCAGCGUGUUCCAGAAUCCCUAUGUAGAUGCAAUCAAGAGCUUAUGGAAUGACCCGGGCAUCCAGGAGUGCUACGACCGGAGGAGGGAAUACCAACUCUCGGACUCCACUAAAUAUUACCUGAACGCGUUGGACCGGAUCGCCGAGCCAGCCUACCUCCCCACCCAGCAGGAUGUGUUGAGGGUUCGAGUCCCCACCACGGGCAUCAUUGAAUAUCCGUUUGACCUGCAGAGUGUCAUAUUCAGGAUGGUGGACGUCGGAGGUCAGAGGUCAGAGAGGAGGAAGUGGAUCCACUGCUUUGAGAACGUCACCUCCAUCAUGUUCCUGGUAGCGCUCAGCGAGUACGACCAAGUAUUGGUGGAAUCGGACAAUGAGAACCGGAUGGAGGAGAGUAAAGCUCUGUUUAGGACAAUAAUCACAUACCCCUGGUUCCAAAACUCCUCAGUCAUUCUCUUCCUCAACAAGAAGGACCUGUUGGAGGAGAAGAUCAUGUACUCUCAUCUGGUUGACUACUUCCCAGAGUAUGACGGUCCCCAGAGGGAUGCCCAAGCAGGGCGAGAGUUCAUCCUCAAGAUGUUUGUGGACCUGAAUCCAGACAGCGAUAAGAUCAUCUACUCUCACUUCACCUGCGCCACUGACACAGAGAACAUCCGUUUCGUCUUUGCCGCCGUCAAAGACACCAUCCUGCAGCUCAACCUUAAGGAGUACAACCUUGUGUAGAGCGGAGCGGGGCUGCCACCAGCAGGCCAUCAACACACACUGACUGAUGCAAUCUGUGAAAAGAUAGAUCAUAUACACA